AUGGACACGGUCGUCGUUCUGGCUACUAGUAAGCUGGUUCACGUCCUGUCAAAUCUACCCGAUGAGUCCUCCGUGAAAGCGACGGUUAAAAUGAUGGUUAUCAGCGAACGGCUCCAGCGGACUAUUCUCAAGCCUGCUUUAAUUGUGGCGGCUUUGGUCAUUUUGCCCGCUAGUGUCCGUCUACUAGACCUCUCUCUAGAGGUACAGACGACCGUUCAUAUGCGGCAUGGCUCUCAGUCACCUGAUUCACCUGCAGGAAGCCUCAGACAUUGUAAUCACGACGCUGGUAGUUGUACUCUUCGCGACGGAUCCGCUCUUUUAUGGACACCCAGUCCCGCUGAAAGGUGA